AUGGCCUACGAGAAGGAACUCAAGGUCGCUCAGUUGGCCGUUGCAAGAGCGGCCAUCUUGACAAAGGCAGUUUUUCACGAGAAAGCCAAAGGCACGGUCUCCAAGGAUGACAAGUCGCCUGUGACCAUCGGAGAUUUCGGGGCACAAGCUUUGAUCAUUGCUGCCAUCAAGCACAAUUUCCCUGACGAUGAAGUCGUCGGGGAAGAAGAAGCCUCUUCGUUGCGCGAGCAGAAGGAUCUCUCUUCCAAAAUUUGGGACCUGGUCAAGGAUGCCAAGCUCACCGACCCCGACUCUGAUGCUGUCCUUGGCGGACCCAUCAAGACGGAAGAUGCGAUGCUCGAUGCCAUCGACCAAGGCAACAGUGCUGGUGGUGACAAAGGUCGCAUCUGGGCCCUCGACCCCAUUGAUGGCACAAAAGGCUUCCUCCGUGGCGGGCAGUAUGCCGUUUGCCUUGCACUACUUGUCAAUGGCGACGUCAAGGUUGGCGUGUUGGGGUGCCCUAACCUUCCGGUAGACGACUCCGCCCUGUUGACAGAGGACAUCGGCGCUGAAGCCACGGAUGCAGAAGGCAAAGGCGUUCUCUUUUCUGCCAUUCAAGGUCAGGGUGCAACGUCACAGCCUCUCACGCGCGGCGCCGUCACACAGGGUCAGCCAAUCCAUGUCAGCAAGAUCUCUGACGUCAGCCAGGCAGUCAUGUGCGAGUCAGUUGAGGCAGGACACUCGUCCAAGGGCGACAACGCACUCAUCGCCGAGAAGCUCGGCAUCUCCGGAAAGCCAGUGCAGAUGGAUAGUCAGGCGAAAUAUGGCAGCGUCGCAAGAGGUGCAGGAGACCUCUAUCUCCGUCUGCCCGUCAAGAAAUCUUACGUCGAGAAGAUAUGGGAUCACGCUGCUGGGGACUUGAUUGUCAGAGAGGCUGGCGGCCAGGUCACUGACAUCACAGGAAAGAGGCUGGACUUCGGAAGAGGAAGAACCCUCACCGAGAACAAAGGGGUCGUGGCUGCUCCAGCUAACGUGCACCCUCAGACCUUGAAGGCCGUUCAGGAGGUGCUUGCUGCGAAGUCUUGA